AUGGCCGACGACCAAAUGCACGACAACAUGCAUGACCACUUGCAAGGAUUGGACAUGGAUUCAGGAAGUAUCCCACCGCAGAUGCCCCAACAGAACGACGAUUGGUAUAUGGAUGAGAGGAUCAAACGGUUGCUGCUCGAUUUACAAAGACAUUGGUUGUUAGAUUAUCAGGCUAGUCGGGAAAAGGCGUUGAUCGAGUUGACUGAGAAGGUAAGCAGAUUUUUGUAUAUUUUUCUCUUGUUUUAGGACAAGGAUAACAUUCAUGAAGAUUACUUGUACAUAUUAAGUGCCGUCAACCAUAUAUUUUUUCAGCUGCAUGCGGAGUUCUUGGCGGAUCAACAGAAAAUCCGGACAGACCUUUUAACGCAAUUCAAAGAAGAACUUGACCAGACCAGGUAAGUCAAUUUUAUUUAUCAGUAUUCUUUGGCGUUUAGGUACCAAAAUCGCUGUCUUUAACAGAAAAUCUGCUAGUAAUUGAAAUAAUUAUACGUCAUCUUUCAGAAACGACCUUGAGGCUCGAUUCAAAGAGAAUUUACAAACCGAAAUCAACAAAGUCACCGAGAGACAUCGACGGGAAGUUGCGUCGAUCAAGAAAAAGCAGUGGUGUUGGCAAUGUGAAGCCGAAGCCAUUUACCACUGCUGCUGGAAUACCGCGUACUGCUCCACGGAAUGCCAGCAAAGGCAUUGGCCCACUCAUCGGCGAUUCUGUCGUCGAAGACGGGCGAAUAACUAA